AAGCUGCAGCAGAGGCUCACCCACCGGCAGUUGCUUGAGCUCCUUGACUGCUUCGGUUUUGCAUCCUUGGCAUGAAUUUGGAAAUUACUUUUGAUGACAAGAUGAAGCCUGCGAAUGACCAGCCUGAUCAGAAGUCGUUUGUCAGGAAGGGUAAAGGUCUCCGUUUGCUUUCCUCCCCAUGGUGGUGUCCUGCUGCCGUGACGCUGGUGGUGCUUUGCCUGGUGUUGUCAGUGACCCUCAUUACACAGCACACGCAAUUUCUUCAGGUAUCUGACCUCCUAAAGCAAUACCAGGAAAACCUUACUCAGCAAGAUCAUAUCCUGGAGGGGCAAAUAUCAGCCCAGCAGAAGGCAGAAAACACUUCACAGGAGGUGAAGAGGGAACUGAAGGAAAUGAUAGACACCCUCACCCAGAAGCUGAAUAAGAAAGCCAAAGAGCAGGAGGAGCUUCUGCUGCAGAACCAGAACCUCCAGGAAGCCCUGCAGAGAGCAGCCAACUCUUCAGAGGAGGCGCAGAGGGAACUGAAGGAAAUGAUAGACACCCUCACCUGGAAGCUGAAUGAGAAAGCCAAAGAGCAGGAGGAACUUCUGCUGCAGAACCAGAACCUCCAGGAAGCCCUGCAGAGAGCAGCCAACUCUUCAGGUCCUUGUCCAGAAGACUGGAUCUGGCACAAAGAAAACUGUUACCUGUUCCCUGGGCCCUUUAACUGGGCAAGAAGCCGUGAGAACUGCCUGUCUUUGGAUGCCCAUUUGAUGCAAAUUAAUAGCACAGAUGAUCUGAACUUCAUCUUACAAGCAACCUCCCAUUCUAGCUCCCCGUUCUGGAUAGGAUUGCAUCGGAAGAAACCCAACCAGCCAUGGCUGUGGGACAAUGGCUCUCCCUUGCGUCUUCACUUCUUUAGGAUCAGGGGUGUUUCUUUCCAGACGCAUCCGUCAGCCACCUGUGCAUACCUUCAACAAGGGACCGUGUUUGCUGAAAGCUGCGGUUUAUCUGCAUUCAGCAUAUGCCAGAAGAAGGCAAAUUUAUCGCUAAUGCGGUGAAUCUAAAGAUUUUGGAGAAGAGCCAAAGACCUUUGACUGUCCUUCCAAAAUUUAAGCUAAUCGUUCUUGAGUAUAAAACAUGCUGACGCUGACAGCGUCAGUUACCUGUUAGUACAGCCCACCUCAGCAGAGACAAGAACCCGAAGCAAAAACUCUUUGCCAUCUUUGUGCCACAAGUUGUGAGUUCAGUCGUUUAUCCAUACACAUGGGCCUUGCCCCUCCCAAGUUUCCCAACCAACCUGCAAUCCUUCUUCCCUUUCCUGUUUUGAACGAUGAUGCCUGCCUGACCCGGAGAAUGCUUUCUGCUCAGUCUCCUCUACCUCAAUGUGCCUUCUGGAGCUGCAUGGCAGACAGAAUGUAAAGACCUGCUGAAGUGCAGGAAGGGGCUCGGAGAAAUGCCUGAGGAAAAGCACGCAGAGAAACCGACGAGGGGGAAGCUACACUGCAAACAGGAACUCAUGUUCUCCAAAAUCCUAUGGCUUGUUCUCCGAGACUGUGGCCCCUCUCCAGACUGCACCAUUUACACAAUGACGUUUUUUAUUUUAAUUUUAUUUGAUGUUUAUGGAUGGUUUGACUACAUGUAUGUCUUUGCACCACAUAAGUGCCCAGUGCCACUGGAGGUCAGAAAGGAGCAUAAGAUUUUCUGGAAAUGGAAUUACAGAUGGUUGUGGGCUGCUGCUAUGUAAGUGGUAGGAAUUCAAAUCGGUGUCCCCUGGAAAGACAGCCAGUGCUCCAAACCACAGCUGUCUCUCCAGUCCCUGUGAUCAAUUCUUGCAGCAGUUAUUUCUUUAUCUUUUCUCUAACAAAACAAAUAAACACACAAAGACAGUGUUGUAAUGCUAGCCCUUUAAAACAGUAUUUGUUAGAGCCAUAGAAUAUAUGGCUCCAAAGCAAAAACAGAAUUUUCUCCCUUCAACUACAUACCCUUUGUAGUCACCUCUCCUAGACCCUGCCAUGCUGUGCGAUGGUUCAGACACAUACACGACCAAGAUGGAGGAAAGUCGGCUGCAGAACAAGUUCUCAGGGCAAUGUGAGCUGAAAUGAAAACACUGGAACAGACAGACUUAGAAACUUCUGUUCUUGGAGCCGCCACUCUCCACACACUUCACAGACUCUUCCCCUUCAAAGGAAGCUUUCCAUUGUUCUAGGGAUAAUAGCAGUUCUAUGUGUGUGUGUGUGUGUGUGUGUGUGUGUGUGUGUUCGUAUGCUAGAUACAUUCUUGGGAAGAUGAGACAUUGGUGGUUUUGUGUGUAAUGAACUUGUCAUAAACCAAAUUUGUAAGUGUUUUUCAUGGUCCGCUGUGGUGAUCAUAUCACCACUGCCAAGAUGAUGAACAAAUCUGUCAUUCUGCCCCUUCCCAAUGCCUCCUCCCUAGAACAAACACCAAUCUUCUUUCAGUUUACAUUUCAGAGAGUUUAUCUAUAUCUAUAUAUCUAUACCUAUCUAUCUAUGUAUCUAUUCAUACAUACAUACAUAUAUAUAUAAAUAUAUAUAUUUUUUAAGACAGCGUCUCAUAUGUAGCUCUGGCUAGCCUAUAACUCACUACAUAGACCAGGCUGGCCUCUAACACACAGAGAUCCUCCUGCCUCUGACCCCAAGUUAUGUAAUUCCACACAUGGCUAGUACAGUUUAUGUGAAUGGAAUUACAUAAUAUGUUCUUUUUUCUCUGGUCCAACUUCUUCCACUUGGUGCAAUUAUUUUGGUACUCAUAUAUCUCCAACUCAGAGUUUGUAUUAGUUCCUCAUUUUUUCUAAAUUUUGAGCAUUCCCCUGUGGGUACACAUUGGCAGUUGUUUAUCCGUGUACCUGCUGAUGCCAUUUGGGUUGUUUGGGUUCAGGGACACCUACAAAUAAAGCUAUUAUGAAUGUCUGA